GAAAGAUGUCAGGCUUUUCCUGGCUCCUUCUCAGCCUUGUUGCUGUAGCCGCUGCCCAGUCUGACACUGAAAACCAAACCAAGAAGUUUUUGGAGACUUUUAACCGUGAAGCUGAAGAGCUGUCGUAUAAUAGUUCGCUUGCCUCCUGGGAUUAUAACACGAAUAUCACCGAUGAGAAUGUCCAAAAGAUGAAUGAAGCUGGAGCCAAAUGGUCUGCCUUUUAUGAAGAAAAAUCCAAGGACGCUGAACGGUUUCAAAUAGACAUGAUUCAGGAUCCCAUAGUCAAGCUUCAGUUGAAGUCUCUUCAGCAGAAAGGCUCAUCAGCACUUACAGAAGAAAAAAUCCAACGACUGAACACAAUUCUAAAUGAGAUGAGCACCAUCUACAGCACUGGAGAAGUCUGUAACCCGCAUAAUCCUCAGGAGUGCUUAUUACUCGAACCAGGUUUGGAUGACAUCAUGGCGACCAGCAAUGACUACGAAGCGAAGCUCUGGGCCUGGGAGGGCUGGAGGGCGAAGGUUGGCAAGCGCCUGAGGCCACUGUACGAAGAGUACGUGAGCCUGAAAAACGAGAUGGCUAAAGCGAACAACUAUGAGGACUACGGGGAUUACUGGAGAGGAGAUUAUGAAACAGAUAGCUAUACCCGCAACCAGCUGAUUGAAGAUGUGGAACGCACCUUUGCAGAGAUUAAACCGCUAUAUGAACAACUUCAUGCGUAUGUGAGAUCAAAAUUGAUGAAGGCCUACCCUUAUUAUAUCAACCCUACUGGAUGUCUCCCUGCCCAUUUGCUUGGUGAUAUGUGGGGUAGAUUUUGGACAAAUCUGUACCGCUUGACAGUCCCCUUUGGACAUAAACCAAACAUAGAUGUCACUGAUGAAAUGGUGAAACAGGGCUGGGAUGCAAACAGGAUAUUCAGAGAAGCUGAGAAGUUCUUUGUGUCUGUGGGCCUUCCUAAUAUGACUCAAGGAUUCUGGGAAAACUCCAUGCUAACUGAGCCAAAAGAUGGCCGGAAAGUGGUCUGUCACCCCACAGCUUGGGACCUGGGAAAGGGUGACUUCAGGAUCAAAAUGUGCACGAAGGUGACCAUGGAUGACUUCCUGACAGCCCACCAUGAGAUGGGCCACAUCCAGUAUGACAUGGCAUAUGCUAAGCAACCCUACCUGCUGAGAAGCGGAGCUAACGAAGGCUUCCAUGAAGCCGUCGGGGAGAUCAUGUCACUGUCUGCAGCGACCCCCAAACACUUGAAAUCCCUAGGCCUUCUGCCAGCUGACUUUUCUGAAGACCCUGAAACAGAAAUAAACUUCCUGCUCAAACAAGCACUUACCAUCGUUGGAACACUGCCAUUUACUUACAUGUUGGAAAAGUGGAGGUGGAUGGUCUUUAAGGAGGAAAUUCCCAAAGACCAGUGGAUGAAGAAGUGGUGGGAGAUGAAGCGAGAGAUCGUUGGAGUGGCAGAACCUGUACCCCAUGAUGAGAACUACUGUGACCCUGCGACUCUGUUCCAUGUCUCUAACGACUACUCAUUCAUUCGAUACUAUACAAGGACCAUUUAUCAGUUCCAGUUCCAAGAAGCCCUUUGUCGGACAGCUCAACAUACAGGCCCCCUGCACAAGUGUGACAUCUCAAAUUCCAAGGAGGCUGGGGCGAAGCUGCUCGAAAUGCUGAGCCUUGGAAGAUCCGAAUCCUGGCCCUUGGCAUUGGAAAAAGUUGUAGGAGAAAAGACUAUGAAUGUGAAACCACUGCUCAACUACUUCGAGCCUCUGUUCACCUGGCUGAAAGAGCAGAACAGGAAUUCUUUCGUGGGGUGGAGCACUAGCUGUCCUUCCAAUUCCGAGCAAAACAUCAAAGUGAGGAUAAGCCUAAAAUCAGCCCUUGGAGAUGAAGCAUAUGAAUGGAAUGAAAACGAGAUGUACUUGUUCCAGUCAUCUAUUGCAUAUGCCAUGAGAGAAUAUUUUCUAAAAGUGAAAAAUGAGACGAUUCCUUUUGGGGAAGCCAACGUGUGUAUAUCUAACUUCAAACCAAGAAUCUCCUUCAGCUUCAUUGUCACCUCACCUGAGAACCCAUCUCAAGUCUUUCCAAAGAGCCAAGUGGAAGAGGCCAUCAGGCUGUCCCGGGGCCGCAUCAAUGAUGCUUUCCGCCUGGAUGACAACAGCCUGGAGUUUGUGGGCAUCUACCCCACACUGGCACCACCUUACAAGCCACCUGUAGACAUCUGGCUGAUCGCUUUUGGCAUCGUGAUGGCAGUGGUCGUGAUUGGUAUCGUUGUGCUCAUUUUCACUGGGAUCAGAGAACGUCGGAAGAGAAGUAAAGAAACAAGUCAAGAGAAUCCUUAUGCCUCCGAGGACUUGACUACAGGAGAAAAUAACCCAGGAUUCCAAAAUAGUGAUGAUACUCAGACUUCAUUUUAGAACACCCUACUUUGUUUCCUCUUGAGGUGA